CUCAUUUUCUGUCAUUUUGUUCCUACAUUCGGCCAUGUCCAACAACUUAAAUUCGGAAAAGCUGGAAGAGGUGUUUGGUAUUUUGCGUCAGCAGAAUGCCGAGAAAAAGGCCAUAUUUCUUGACCAUUCGCAUGAAAAUAUCAAGGCAGAAUUGGAGCAAACAUUUUUAACGCCUCAACAGAACUUUCCGGAUAACUGGCUGUCCAAUUGCCAAGAACACUGGGAAGAAACCCCCAACUUUCCUGGCUUCCUGCAUGCGCAAAUAUCCAAGCCUCACACGACGAUCGAAGUUGUUCGCCAUGGUUUUGACGGCGAUCUUGUUGGCUACAAAGAAGCGCUCGUCGAUUCACCGUAUCUGGCUUCGACAAAUUCCACGAGUGUUAUGCGUCCUUUUGCAGGAACCAAGGAUUUCGUGCGUGGCAAAGCGACUCAGUUUCCAUUUGCUCCAGGAGGUUUAGAAGUCGAAGUAUUGGAGGAAGAUGAACAAAUAGACGUGGAUGUAGACUUGGAUUUUCUGGAUCAAGAUCUCAAUGUUAUACCUCCCGGAUUGGAUCGUGGCAUCAAUUUUGAAGAAGAGGAGCAGCAAGAACCCACUGCACAACCGUCAUUUGUUUUCAAUAUUGAAGAAAUGAUGAAACCCACCGAUGAUACAUUUGAUUUCUUGGAAAUGAAAACAACAAUUGACUUCACCAAAAAAGACGAAAAGCAGAAUGAAACAGAGACCGCAGCAAAGGAACAAGAUAUUGAUGCGCUUUUACCGGCUCAAGAUAUUCCACCUCCUCAUGCGGAAUCGGCACCCAAGAAACUCAGAAGUGUUAAACAAGCGUAUAAACGACGAGAGUGGGCCCACGAAAUCAAUGUCAAUCAGCCUUUUGAUGAUUUCCAUGAACUUGUGCCAGAGAUGGCUCUUCACUUUCCUUUCGAGUUGGAUACUUUCCAAAAGCAUGCUGUGUACCAUUUGGAAAUUGGUGACUCUGUAUUCGUUGCCGCUCAUACUUCGGCCGGUAAAACCGUGGUAGCUGAUUACGCUAUUGCAUUAGCUUCCAAACACAUGACAAAGGCCAUUUAUACAUCGCCUAUCAAAGCUUUGAGUAACCAAAAGUUCCGGGAUUUCAAGCAUACAUUCGGAGAUGAUGUUGGUAUUCUCACGGGCGAUGUCCAGAUCCGGCCUGAAGCAAGCUGUUUGAUCAUGACAACCGAAAUUCUACGAAGCAUGUUGUAUCGUGGCGCGGAUUUGAUUCGCGACGUUGAAUUUGUAAUUUUUGACGAAGUGCAUUACGUGAAUGAUUUGGAGAGAGGUGUGGUUUGGGAAGAAGUCAUUAUCAUGCUUCCUGCACAUGUCAAUAUUAUCCUUCUUUCUGCUACGGUGCCCAACACGAGAGAAUUUGCCGACUGGGUCGGACGAACCAAGAAAAAGGACAUUUAUGUUAUCAGCACAUUGAAGCGACCUGUCCCCUUGGAACAUCAUCUGUACGCCAACAAGGAACUGUUCAAGAUCGUCGGUGCCCACGAAACCAAAUUAAAUAGCACAGCUUACAAGAACGCCAACGAGGCUAUUAGCAAGAAGAAGGAAAAACUUGAAAAACCUAGCGGUGCAAGAGGUGGACGAGGAGGUGGCCGUGGUGGACAAGCUAUUGCCCGCACACCUGUCAAACCACUUGGUCGAAGUUAUCAAGCCGCUAUGCAAACAGAUCGAAAUCUGUUUGUGCAUUUAAUUGGCUUUCUCAACAAGAAGCAAUUGUUGCCUGUUGUUAUCUUCACGUUUUCCAAGAAGAAAUGCGAAGAGCAUGCGAGCAAUUUAUCGAAAACCGAUUUAUGCACAAGUUUGGAAAAGAGUGAAAUCCAUGUCUUUAUUGAACGAAGCUUGGUGCGAUUGCGUGGCACUGACAAGGAACUUCCACAAAUCUUGAGGAUGCGCGAUCUGCUAAGCCGUGGUAUUGCGGUGCACCACGGUGGUCUUUUACCUAUCAUCAAAGAGAUGGUUGAGAUCUUGUUUGCGCGAGGUUUGGUCAAGGUGUUGUUUGCCACAGAGACCUUUGCUAUGGGUGUCAAUAUGCCGGCGCGUAGCGUGGUUUUCUCGGGUUUAAGAAAACAUGACGGCCGCAGUUUCCGCGAUCUGCUGCCUGGCGAGUAUACGCAAAUGUCUGGCCGCGCGGGUCGUCGUGGUCUUGACAGUACAGGUAUGGUCAUUAUUGCCUGUGGUGGUGACGAAGUACCCGAGGCUUCCACUCUGGCGACCAUGAUUUUGGGUAAACCUACGAAAUUGGAAUCCCAGUUCCGUUUGACCUACAACAUGAUUUUGAAUCUGCUUCGUGUGGAGGCCCUCAAAGUGGAAGAAAUGAUCAAACGCAGUUUCUCCGAGAACAGUACACAGAAAUUACUUCCAGACACGAAACGUUUGGUGGAUGAAAACGAAGAAAAGAUGAAUGCACUUCGACAACUCGACUGUACUAUUUGCGAUCAGGAUCUAAGCAAAUUCUAUGAUGUGUGCGGAGAGGUUUUGUUAUUGAACCGCAAAAUGAUGGUCGAUUUCAUCUCAAGAACCCCUGCCGGUAUCCGGGCUUUGGCGGCCGGUCGCGUCGUCUUGGUGAAUAAAAACGUUUUCCGUAACUCGCCCGCCAUGUUGCUGAAGCCUUUGCCUUCGGGACAAGGUUCCGCAGCACAGCAACAGCAGAAAUCCUUUUACUGUUUCGUUGUGGUGCCGCAAGAAUUCGAUUCUAGUGCACAAACUGCAAUUUCUUCUGAUGAAUUGGCACCGCUCCCUUUGACAAGCAUUCAUGCCGUCGAUGCCUCCAACAGCCGAACAGAGGUAGUCAUUGUUAGCGUUUCCGAUAUUCUACUUGUUAGCCGGACUGUGAUCAAGGCGGAUAUCGAUGCAUUGAUGACCGGACAAAAUAGAAUGGAAGUAACCAAAGUAACGCAUGAUCUCGAAACAUUUGCCACUGAAGCUCAGAAAAAUGGCGUGCUGGAGUACGAUUGGGGCAAAAUCAAAGAUAUCGAAUUCCAAGAAAUGCUGCGAAACAAAAUGAGCAUGAUGAAGCAAUUAAAAUCUGAUUUCCAAUGUACCAAAUGCCCUGACCUCAACGAACAUUAUGCAUUAAUUCAUGCGCAUAAACGAUUAUCGAGCCAAAUUGAUAUGCUGAAGCUGACAAUUUCUGACCAAAAUCUAGAACUAUUGCCAGACUACCAUCAACGUAUCGAGGUGCUGAAACGCAUGCAAUACAUUGACGAACAGGGCACCGUGCAGCUAAAGGGCCGCGUUGCCUGUGAGAUCAAUUCCGCCGAUGAAUUGCUUCUGACCGAGUUGCUUCUGGACAAUGUGUUUGCUGAUUACGAACCUGCAGAAAUCGUGGCUAUUUUAUCCGCCUUUGUUUUCCAGGAACGCAACGCCAGUGAGCCCCGAUUGACGCCGAAAUUGUUGAAAGCCAAGGAAAUUGUCUUGGAAUACGCACGUAAAGUAGCGCAAGUCCAGGUCGACUGCGGAUUACCGGUUUCCGUUGAAGACUAUGUCAACGGUCUUCAAUUCGGUCUCGUUGAAGUCGUGUAUGAAUGGGCUCACGGUUUGUCAUUCAAACAUAUUACUGAUUUGACCGACGUACUGGAAGGCUCGAUUGUGCGUUGUAUCAGUCGCUUGGACGAAACUUGCCGUGAGGUUUUGGGGGCUGCGCGAAUGGUAGGUGAUACAGCGCUCUACAAAAAAAUGGAACAAGCGGAAGAAGAUAUCAAGCGAGAUAUUGUAUUUGCAGCUAGUUUGUAUUUUUAA